AUGCCUAAACAAACGAAACAAAGAAAGGUUAAAGAAAAAAAAGAAGAAAAAAAACCAAAGGGAAUUACCACUAAUUCUAACCAAACGACUCCAAGUAUUAUCCCUUUUAUUCCUUCAAUCAAUGAAGGUAAAUUACCUAGUGUUCAACAAUUCUCUGCUUUAAAAUCUAAUUUACCUUCUUCUAAUGAACAAAUAAAUCAAGUAAUAUUAUCAUCUAUUCCUUCUAAUUCUCAAAGAGUUCAAAUGACUUCUCAACAACCUAUUCAAGUAUUCCCUUCCAUGGUUCAAGUUAAAUUAGAACCUUCUCAAGUUCAAUCACUUCAAACACAAAACCAACAUUCUUUUAUUCGUCAACAACAAACUCCAAAACCUCAAUUAGUUAAUACACCUCAAUUAGUUACUUCUCAUCAAUCAAUUAAUAGGCAAGGAUUACAACAACAAAUUCAAACAACCCUUCCUCAACCAAUUCAAAAAAUACAGCCCAACCUUCAUACCAUACCAAAUCAAAAUUUUCAACAAAUUCAAAACUUGUCUAGGGUUAAUAAUACUCAAACUCGUCCUCUUUCUCAACAACAAAACCAACCAAUUCAAACUAGCAUCAGCUUACAACAACUACGUCAAUUACAACAACUUCAACAAACUCAAGGCAUUAUCCCUGUUACUCCUUUUAUUACAACUCAAAAUGGUCAACUUCGUCUUGACCAAAAAGUUCAACUUUUUCAAGCAAUUACUCCUCAAGGAACUAAACAAUUCUUUGUUAGUAAUGGUGUUGCACAAGAAAUAGUUCCUACCCAAAUCCAUUCUAAUAGCCAAAAUAAUCUUCCUAGUAUUCACCCUCAAAUCCCUAUGCAGCCACUAACUGUUUCACAACCUAACCAAAAACAAACAAGUAAUUUUAUUCUUAAUACUAAUGGUAACUUAUCUGGUCAAAAAAUUGGAUAUAAUAUUUCUAAAUCUUUGAAUCAACCAAUCACCCAAAGAAAUACUAACCAACCAAUAAAUAUACCAUCUAGUCAAUUAAAUUUUAAUCUUAAUCAACAAAAAGCUUCCUUUCCUCAACAACAACUUCAAACAAAACAAGAAUCAAACCAACUACCUCAAAUGCCACAACAAAUACAACAAGGAAUUUCAUUUAAACUUCAACCAACACAAGUCCCAGUUUCACGUAUUCUUCAAUUAAAUACCCAACAACUCCCCCAACAACAAAAAGGAGGAAUUUAUGUUUUGACACCAUCAAACCUUACUCAUCCAUUAACUACAAAUAAAAUUAAUAUAACAGGAUUACCACAACAAACUAGUCAACCUAUUCUUACACAAAUACAACCAAAUAUUCAAAUGAAACAAACAAUAGCACAAACACCUCCAUUUGUCCAACAAAAAAUAGUUCCUCAACAAAUAAAAAAGCCUUAUAGCAAAAGUAUUAAAGAAGAAGACAGUCAGUCAAAAACUGGAAGUGUUGGGUCUGGAGGAAGAAAGAAGAAAAAAGAAAAUAAAAAAGUAAUGGAAUCACCACAAAAACCAAGUUUAAUUGAUGAACAUAAAAAAGAAGUUUUAAAAAUUUAUGAAAAUAAUACACAAAAUAUAAGUGGGAUGAUAAAAGAACAUCCUAAAUACCCAGAGUCAUUUGAACAAUUAUUACAUGAUAUUGCUAAAUAUUGUAAUGCAAAUGCAUUUUUUAGAUAUGACUGUUUUGAAGAUAAAAUUAUGGUAUCAAGUGCAUUAUCAACAUUGUAUAAAGACCCAAGAACAAUAUUAAUAUUCAAAGUUAAUUCUCCAAUUAAUGAUAAAUGGGGAUUUCCAAAACCUUUCUUUUCUAAUGACCAAGAAUUUAAUGAUGAAGUUGUUAUUUCUGGAAUGUCAAAAGACCAUUCAGUAGAACAGUUCCUAAAUCUAUUUUACGAAUUUACUAAAACCCUCUUAAAUACUACAGAACAGAGUGUUCCUGUUUAA